AUGUCUGCCGGCAACGUCCCCUACCCUUUCCACUUUGACUCGCUGGAGGAUACAAAGAAAGGCGUCGAAAAUGGAAAAACAAGCGACAUUACCAUUAGCUUGAAGAACGUCCGCGGCAGGAUCCCUUCUAUUCAAACCUCCCGUCUCCGUUCGAUGAUGCUCGAGGCACACGGCGAUCCCACGAAAAUCAUGGCCCACGCUUCAACCUAUGAUGGUCUCUCCUCUCGUCUGGUUGAGGAAGCCGGUUUCCCAAUGGUCUUCUUAGCAGGAUAUGCCGUCUCGAGCUCAUACGGCUUGCCGGAUGCUGGGUAUAUUGCAAUGGCUGAAAUGUGCGAGAAGAUUCGUGAUGUCUCCCGUCUAGUUUCAGUACCUAUAAUGGCAGACGGAGAUACCGGAUAUGGUAGCCCGAUGAAUGUGAAACGAACCGUUGAAAGCUUUGCCGCCGCAGGUGCUGCGGGUGUCAUGAUCGAAGAUCAACAGUGGCCAAAGCGGUGCGGACACACUAAGGGGAAGAGCGUCGUUUCACGUGGCGAAGCCUGUGCCCGAAUCCAGGCGGCAUGUGACGCGAGAAAUGAGGGAAGGGAUAUCUUUAUUCUUGCCCGAACGGAUGCUCUUAUCCACGGGUGGGAUGAAGCGAAGGCCCGGGUUCGUGAAUACAAGCGGAUUGGUGCCGAUGCUGUUUUUGUCGAGGCGCUACCGGAUCGACAAGCCAUGAAGCUUUGUGCUGAGGAGGCUGGUCUGCCUAUAUUUGCCAACGUGAUUGAAGGGGGCAAGACGGAGAAUCUGUCGGCGAAAGAAUUGGCUGAGCUCGGGUACUGCUCGGUUGCGUAUCCUUGGUCCCUCGUUGCGUCUCAUCUAAAGAGCAUUCGCGAGACGCUGGAGAAUUUGAAGAGAAGCAUGCUUGUAGGAGCACCGCCUAUGAUCUUGACCUAUGAUGAGGUCUGUAAGGGAGUGGGGUUCAACGAAUAUUGGGGCCGAGAAGAGAAGUACAAGUUUAGUACCUGA